AUGUCUACAUUACAACGUCGUAGAAAGAACAGAAGUGAUUCGAACGCUGACGACUCAGAAAAUGUAAGUGAAAGUCAAGAUAGAAAAGUUGCAUACGACCCAGAAGAGGCAAAACUUAGAGAUAAUGUUAGCAUCCCUAAGUUAACACUGAUGGAGGAAGUAUUAUUAAUGGGUUUAAGAGAUAGAGAAGGAUACCUAUCAUUUUGGAACGACAAUAUUUCAUACGCAUUACGUGGUUGUAUCUUGAUAGAACUAGCUUUAAGAAAUAAGAUCCGUAUCCUCGAUGAUUCUGCUAGAAAGAGAUUUGAUGUGUCUGAAAGAUUAGUGGAGGUCAUUGAUGGUAGUAAAACUGGUGAAGUACUAUUAGACGAAGCUUUACAAUUAAUGAAAAAUGAUGAACCAUUGACUAUUGCCAACUGGAUUGAUUUGCUUAGUGGUGAGACAUGGAAUUUAUUGAAGAUCAAUUACCAGUUAAAACAAGUCAGAGAGCGUUUAGCUAAAGGUUUAGUUGAUAAAGGUGUCUUAAGAACGGAAAUGAAAAAUUUCUUUCUAUUUGAUAUGGCAACUCAUCCUGUCACAGAUACAAGUUGCAAAGAAGCUAUUAAGCGUAGGAUACUUUCUGCGUUGGUUUCAAGAAAUAUGGAGCUCAACUAUAAUAGCUACUUUGCAGAAACCACAUCAUUUAAAUAUAUUAGAAUUGUAGCAUUGGUGUGUUGUUCAUAUGGUGCCAAUGUGCUGGAAAAUGUUCUAUCGUCUUUAGAUUACGAGAAAAGAGAUCGUGCAAUUUCCAGAGCUGAGGAAAUUCUAGCACAAUUCGCACAAUAUCCUUUUGAUUUAAGUAAAAAUACGGAAUUGGGAAUAUCUGUUAAUUUGAACAAGGAAGUAGAAAACGAAGUCAAUGAGAAUCCGCAAUUUACAUUACAGCUGGAAGUCAUAGCCGGUGUAAUUGAAGUAUUUUCAAGAAUGGACAUGCUAUUAUGA